UUUGCGAACAAAUCUGGUACGGGGGUAAUCUCUGUCCGUGACCCUGGCAGUCAUAGAGUGGUGUUGCCACGCCCCCCGUUGGUUGAGUUGGUCCAGCAGGAACUGUCCGGAGCUCUGUCACUGACAGGUCAUUUUGAAGAGAUUUUCUCAAGAUGUUACCCCAACACCUGAAGCAGAUCCGCGUCCUUAUGCUCAAUGAUAAGGAGAAUUUAGAGAGGACUCUGUUCAGACUGGAACAAGGUUUUGAGCUUCAGUUUCGUCUGGGUCCAAGUCUUCAGGGCAAGAAUGUUGUGGUUUACACCAACUACCCACCUGAAGGACAGCAGUUUAAACGAAAAACUUUCUGUGUUUUGGCGUGGAACAACCCGACAGGAAGGGAGGACGACUCUGACAAGUACUGCUCUCUGGACAUCAAGAUGGCAGGAUCCUAUCAGUACUACUUUAAACAUGGAGACGCAGAGCUGUCUGGAGGAGGCUACAUCCUUGUUGACCCCGUCCUCCGUGUUGGAGCAGACAGCCAUGUCCUCCCAUUAGACUGCAUCACAAUCCAGACAUACCUGUCCAAAUGUCUGGGAUGCUUGGAUGAUUGGCCAGAUAGGCUGAAAGUAGCCAAGGAGUCAGGAUAUAACAUGAUCCACUUCACGCCUUUGCCCCUUGGAGAAUCGAGGUCAUGUUACUCUUUGGCUGACCAGCUGACCUUUACAGAAUUCAGCCCAGAAGGUCAGAGAUACAGUUGGACAGAAGUGGCAUCACUGGUGGAGAAGUUAAAUAAAGACUGGAAACCUUUAUGCAUUACUGAUGUUGGGUAUAAUCACACAGCGGCUAAUAGUGUGUGGAUUAAAGAACAUCCAGAGUGCGGGUACAACCUGGUGAACUCUCCCCACCUGCGUCCAGCCUGGGUCUUAGACAGAGCUAUCUGCCAUUUAACCACCAGAAUAAUAAAUGGACAGUACAAAGCUAAGGGACUUCCUGCUGACAUCACCAGUGAGACCCAUCUGAAUGCCAUCCGUACUGUGUUCUGGACAGAUGUUUUUCCUCAUCUCAAGCUGUGGGAGUUCUACCAGGUCAAAGUGGACAGUACUGUGGAGCAGUUCAGAACCCUACUACAAAACGGCAUCAAGACAGGCUACAGUAAAACAGAGGGAAAGAAGGGCCUUAAAAUUAUCCAAGAUCCGAAUUACCGUCGCUAUGGCAACACAGUUGACAUGGACUCUGCUCUGGAGACAUUUUCACCUCACAGCUCCUCCCCUCAGCACAUAGACGAGUGCUGCUCUUUGCUGAAAAAGAGACUUAACGAGCUCAAUGACGAGCAAUACCACAUCGUGUACCAACAUCAGGAACAGGCUGUCAACUGCAUUGUGGGAAAUGUAAUGUAUGAGAGGUUGGCUGACCACGGCCCCAAACUAGGUCCUGUUAGCAGGAAACACCCUCUAGUUACAAGGUAUUUCACCUUCCCGCAUCAAAACAUGACCCUGGAGGAGGAAAUGCAUCUGCUGGAUCAGCCGGAGAAAACACAACACUUCCUCGCUCACAAUGGUUGGGUGAUGGGCGAUGAUCCACUGCGCAACUUUGCUGACCCAGGAUCCAACGUGUACCUGCGCCGAGAGCUGAUAUGCUGGGGUGACAGUGUCAAACUUCGUUAUGGCAAUGGACCAGAGGAUUGCCCAUAUCUCUGGGCCCACAUGAAGAAGUAUACUGAAAUCACAGCACAGUAUUUCAGUGGAGUCAGGCUGGACAACUGCCACUCAACACCAUUACAUGUAGCUGAGUUCAUGCUGGACGUGGCCCGAACGGUUUGUCCUAACCUGUAUGUGGUUGCUGAGCUGUUCACUGGCAGUGAAGAGCUGGAUAAUGUCUUCGUUACCAGGCUAGGAAUUACAUCACUGAUACGAGAAGCCAUGUCAGCUGGUGAUAGCCACGAAGAGGGGCGAUUGGUGUACCGUUACGGAGGGGAGCCAGUAGGUGCCUUUGUUCAACCCAGUCUCCGCCCGCUGAUGCCCUCCAUUGCCCAUGCCAUGUUUCUUGAUGUAACCCAUGACAACGAAUGUCCCAUACAGCUGCGUUCUACUUUGGACUCCCUGCCCAGUUCUGCGAUUGUUUCCAUGGCGUGCUGUGCGACUGGCUCCACCAGAGGAUAUGAUGAAUUAGUACCACAUCAGAUUUCUGUGGUGAAAGAGGAGCGUUUUUACCAAAAAUGGAAUCCCUCAGCAUCCCCCUCCUCCCCAGGUGAGGUUGGACCCCACACAGGCAUCAUUGCUGGGAAACUGGCGCUCAACAGAUUGCACCAGGAACUAGCUGCUGAGGGAUUUAUACAGGUGUAUGUAGACCAGGUUGAUGCAGACAUUGUGGCUGUCACUCGUCACUGUCCCAGCACCCACCAGUCUGUGGUGGCAGUUUGCAGGACUGCCUUCUGGAACCCCAAAACCCAUCAGUAUGACAGCAGCGUUCCACCCAUGUUCAUACAAGGGAAGAUCGAGGAGGUGGUACUGGAGGCAAGGACAGUGGAACGUCAUGGUGGGACUUACAAGAAAGAUGCCAGCUACAUCAACGGUAUGCCCGAAUACACCGUGGAAAUUAAAGAGCAUAUAUCAUUGCAGGAGAGCUCUGUAGUGAAACAAGCUGGGAUUACAUCUAAAGGCCGGUCAGAGUUUGUUCAGGAGAUCAUAUUUCAAAAGUUGACACCAGGCAGUGUGAUUGUGUUCAGGGUUAGUUUGGAUCCUAAGGCCAAACAGAUUGGGGUACUGAGGCAUUAUCUGACCCAGUUCAGCCCAAAGUACAGAAGAGGCAGGUGAAGCAGAUGAAAACCCAGCAGCAAUACUGCAGAUGCCUCUAGCACAGUGAGCUCACAGCUGAUGUUCAAGUUGACUCUGGCUGACCUGAAUGUUUUGCUAUUUCGAUGCGAUGCUGAAGAACAGGAGGAUGGUGGAGGCUCUUACAACAUCCCAGGAUGGGAAAGUCUGAAAUACGCUGGACUGCAAGGUGUGAUGUCAGUGCUGGCUGAUGUCCGUCCCAACAAUGACCUCGGACAUCCUCUGUGUGCUAACCUGAGACAAGGGGACUGGCUGAUAGACUAUUGCUUCAAAACUCCUGCCCAGAGGGGAGGGGACUUGUGUCAGGUUGGUAAGUGGCUGGAGGCCAUGUUCAGCUACCUGAAACACAUUCCUCGCUACCUCAUCCCCUCUUACUUUGAUGCCAUCUUGGUAGCAACCUACACUACUGCCCUGGACGCAACAGUCAAGCUCAUGUCUAGUUUCAUCCAGAAUGGAUCGACCUUUCUUCGUCACUUGGCACUGGGUUCAAUUCAGAUGUGUGGUGUUGGACGCUUCCCAGCCCUCCCUCCAAUUUCUGAUCAAUUAGAAAGCAUCCCCUAUCGCCUCAGUCCAGUUACAGGCCAAAAGGAGCAGUGUUGUGUGUCACUGGCUGCAGGUCUUCCUCAUUUCUCCUCUGGGAUUUUCCGUUGUUGGGGCAGGGACUUUAUCGCUCUCAGAGGACUCAUGCUUCUCACUGGGAGACAUAUUGAGGCACGUAACAUCAUCCGCUUUGCGGGUACGUUGCGUCAUGGUUUGAUCCCCAACCUGCUUGGCGAGGGUCGCUGUGCCAGAUACAACUGUCGUGAUGCUGUCUGGUGGUGGCUGCAGUGCAUUCAGGAUUAUACUACCCAUGUUCCUCAAGGCCAUGAAAUCCUAGGUUGCCCUGUUACACGCAUGUACCCGAGUGAUGACUCUGAGCCCUGCAAACCUGGAGAGGUGAACCAGCCUCUCCAUGAUGUUAUCCAGGAGGUUUUUCAGCGCCACCUACAAGGAAUCUCCUUCAGAGAGAGAAAUGCUGGACCCAAGAUAGACAUGAAAAUGAGAGAUGAAGGCUUCAACAUGGUUUGUAAGGUGGAUCCAGCAACAGGUUUCAUCACUGGGGGGAAUCGUUUUAACUGUGGCACUUGGAUGGACAAAAUGGGAGAGAGUGAGAGAGCAAGAAACAAAGGAAUACCUGCUACUCCGAGAGAUGGAGCAGCAGUCGAGAUUGUUGGUCUCAGUAAAUCAGCUGUCCGCUGGAUUGCAGAGCUCAAUGCCAAAGGACUGUUCCCUUAUGAUGGAGCUAAAGCACACAGAGAUGGUAAAGAAGAGUUUAUCUCUUACUCUCAGUGGAACGACCAGCUCCAGAAGUCUUUUGAAACUCAUUUUUGGGUGUCUGAUGACCCAAACGAUCCCAAUGAGAGUCACCCUGAGCUAGUGCAUAAAGCAGGCAUCUAUAAGGACAGCUUUGGAGCCUCCAGCCCCUGGUGUGACUACCAACUACGGCCCAACUUCACUAUUGCUAUGGUGGUGGCCCCUGAGCUGUUUACUGUGGACAACGCCUGGAGGGCUCUCGAGGUGGCGGAGAAAAAACUCCUGGGUCCAUUGGGGAUGAAGACACUUGACCCUGAUGACAUGGUGUAUUGUGGCAUCUAUGACAACGCACUCGAUAACGACUGCUACAACUUGGCAAAAGGCUUCAACUACCAUCAAGGACCGGAGUGGGUGUGGCCAAUAGGCUACUUCCUGCGUGCUAAACUCUACUUUGCCAAGAAGAUGGGAGAGGAACCCUAUGCCAGGACUGUCACCUUGGUCAAAAAUGUUCUUUCUCGACAUUAUACCCACCUGGAGAGAUCACCGUGGAAGGGCCUGCCAGAGCUGACCAAUGAGAAUGGCCAGCACUGUCCCUUCAGCUGUGAGACCCAGGCCUGGUCCCUGUCCUCCAUCAUUGAGGUCCUUUAUGACCUCUAGAUGACCACUGAAAUGUCCGUUAACUGUGUCCUUAUCUCAUGGUGCUCAUGGUGUUAUAUGUCCUGCUGUAAAGUAAACACUUAUGUUGAAAUGCU